AUGGCACCCACAGAGGCUGAGCUCCUGGCUGAUUACCUUAUUCAACCUUCGACUCUGACCGCCAUCACAACACUCGAGCAGUUCAAGGCUCUCUUCCCUCGCCCGCUACAAUCGUCACCACAAGUCCGGUCUUUAUUUCGAGACCUACAAGCACAACGCGCAGAUGUUCUGGACCAAGUUGCUGAAAAUAUCGCCGAUGAAGCAAAACGAAGUCUUGCAAUGCGGCGGGAAGUCCUACGAGCCAAACGUGAGGCAGAACGGGAGGAUAUAGAUGCCGAAAUUGAAAUGGAGCGCGCGCUAUUCGGCGAUGCAUCAGGAGCUGCAAGUGCCAAGCACACCCUCAGUUCUGUCAUUCCUGAGCUAGAAGGAGCAGCAGGCGCUCUAGAAGCUGAGAUUGAAAAACUACAAGAGGAAGAGGCAGCCCUGCUCGAGUCUGUGCAACAAACUGUAGGGGCGCUAAGCGAUCUACGAUACGGUAAAUUCUCCAAUGGGCAGAUAAGCGACGAAGUCAUCGACGGCCUGAAGAACGUGGAAGCAGCUUGCAAGAACAAAUCAUAA